CUCGGGAGGUCACAAAGCGUAAUAAGGAAUGUGUUUUAUUUCGGUACUAAAAAGUGAUGCCGUGUCGCUAGGUCACUAAGUAUAACAUGUUACAGUUUAUAAUUUUAUAUAGCUGAAACGAAUGGUUCAAAAGACGAACACCGGCUUGAAGUCUUCUAGAAACUAGAUCUAUCGUAGCGUGAAUUUAAUUAUUGUUCCUUUUGACAAACCGUAAUAAGGAUUUUGUUUUAUUUUGGUACUAAAAAGUGAUGCGUAGCGAGGUCACCAAGUAUAACAUGUUACAGUUUAUAAGUUUAUAUAGCUGAAACGAAUGGUUCAAAAGACAAACGACGGCUUGAAGUCUUCUAGAAACUAGAUCUAUCGUAGUGUGAAUUUGAUUAUUCUUCCUUUUGAUCGAUUUGCACAUAAAAUCAAUAUAUCUAAAAUAAGGCAAGCUAGAUAAGCGUCUACUGCCUACUAUUGGUGUAUUACCAGACUACAGAACGCUAUAUCGAGGGCUACAGGACUAAAGAAAACAUCUAUAAUGCUACUCACCUACGUUGUCAUUGGUGCUGUGACUAUAUUCCUUGUCAAGUAUCUGGUGAAAUAUUUGAAAUUCAGACGAGCCUAUUUCAAAUUGCCAUCAAGACCGAACUAUCGAUACACAACAGGAACACUUCAUCAGUAUCCUGGCCACAACGAAGAUGGCUUGGCCUUUGACUACAGCAACACCGAGAAGUACAUCUACUUUCAUGUGGUGUGGCUGGGGCCUCUUGUCCCAGCGAUCUUCGCUUUUCACCCAGACGUCAUUCGACCAGUGUUGAAAUCUUCAGCACCGAAGUCCCGCAACUCUUACUUUUCAACAUCUUAUGACAUGGGUGUCCGUUGGCUGGGCGAAGGUUUGUUAAUAGCCAAUGGAGCAAAGUGGGCCAGAAGUCGUCGUCUGCUGACUCCGGCCUUUCAUUUUGAUAUAUUGCGCCAAUACGUGGACAUCUACAAUCAAUGCGGGGAUCUGUUAAUUGCUAGGAUGAAAGAAACAGCAAAGAGCAACCAGUCGUUUGACCUGUAUCCACUAAUCAAUCUGGAUGCUCUGGACAUAAUUUUAAGAUGUGCCUUCUCUUACAAGUCAAACUGUCAAGUUACAAAUGCUGCAAGUGAUUAUUCGACGGUGAUUGGACAACUUCAAACUCUUUGGGCAGAGAGAGCAAUAAAUCCAUUUUACUUAAAUGAAUUCAUCUAUAGCUUGACGUCAAAGGGGAGAAAGUUUUAUCAACUCUGUGACACUGCCCACAAAGUUGCGGAAGAAAUUAUAAAUAAAAGAAAGAAGGAAUUGGAAAAUGAUUCUACCCCAGUGCAGCAACACAAAGUGAAAGAUUUUCUGGACACACUUCUGACAGCCAGAGACGAGGAAGGGGCAGGACUUAGUCUCCUGGAGAUAAGAAAUGAAGUGGACACAUUCUUAUUUGAAGGCCAUGACACAACUGCCAGUGGCAUGACGUGGACACUGUAUUCACUGGCACAGCAUCCUGAAAACCAGGAGAGAGUUUAUCAGGAGAUUAUGGAUGUUCUUCAAGGGAGAGAACAACUAGAGUGGAGUGACCUGCCUAAACUUGAGUUCACGACAAUGUGUAUUAAAGAGGGGCUUAGACUUCACGCCCCUGUACCCUUCAUUGAGAGGACCAUCACUGAAGAUUGCAAUGUCCAUGGUCACAUCAUACCUGCAGGAAGCAGAGUUUGUAUCCAGAUCUAUGCCCUCCAUCACAACCCCCAUGUCUGGGAGGAUCCUCACGAAUACAGACCUGAACGUUUUCAUCCAGACGAUCAGAAAAAAAUGGAUCCUUUUCAGUUUGUGCCAUUCUCUGCAGGGUCAAGGAACUGUAUAGGACAAAACUUCGCAAUGAAUGAAAUGAAAGUCACGAUAUGUAAAGUGAUUCAAAACUUUAAGCUCAGCCUUGACCCUUCCCAGACAGCACGUAGGAUGCCCAUCGUCACAAUGAAGCCAGAGAAAGGAGCCUUUGUCUAUGCAACCAUUAGAGAAUAAAUUUAUGUUUAUAAGUCCUUGUAAAACAAAAUUUAUGUUUAUAAGUCCUUGUAAAACAAAAUUUAUGUUUAUAGGUCCUUGUAAAACAAGAUUCAUGUUUUUAAGCCCUUGUAAAACAAAAUUCUUUUGUUUUUAGGGGCAAUGGGAAGGAAGUUUGCUUGUCUCAAAAGACCAGAAACAGUUGUUAAACUUCAGCUUUGAUGAAAUUCUUAUUGCAUUUGUAUUAAUUAUAGAUUUUAUAGGGGCUGGUGCGUUUGGUUAACAAACUAAAAUGGGCAAUUAAAAAAUUUCUUGAAGUCUGGAUUUAUUUUGAGUCUUAUUUCAAUAUGGCGGACACCUGCACCGCUGAUGUGGUACAGAGAAGGAAUAUGUGUGUGUUUCCCUGGUGUGCUCGGCCCUGGCCUCGCUUCUCAUUUGAGCGCCUUGGGAUAUGAGCCCUCGGUAAUAGCGAUGUAAUAAUUUACGGCUGCUUGGGUCUUUCCCAGACAGAAGUUUGUUUAGACAGGCAGAUGGAGGCAAGAUUUCAUAGGCUUAGACAGGGGCGUAGUUAGUAAUUUUCCAUCAUUUAGGGGUUCGGGGUGGGGCUUGACUUCUUUGGAACCCCUUCAUUUUGCGUAAUAUUUAAUGUAAAAAAACACUCAUUUGCCCUGGGGGAUUGUCCAGUUCUCCCCUUCCUCCCCCACCAUAGCUACGCCAAUGGGCUUAGAGUUAUAAGAUGUUUAGACUCAACUUAUAUGACUAUUACAAAGAAGAAGAUAGCCCUUAAAAAGGUGAGCGAGUUCUUUCCGAAUUAACUAUUACUGUAGAGUAGAAAAGGAUGACGACAAGCGAGUCUCAAAUUCUGGACAUCGGGUCUAAAGCAAAUACAAACGAAGUUAUUUGAUCACAAUCCUCCUGUAUGGACAUCACUUCUGAAUGCGAAAAAUAUGGAAACUGAGAUAAAAUGUAUAAAUACUUUAUUUUCUUCUUUACAAAUAUGAACUGCUUUGAGAUCUAUUAUUUUUAUUAUUAAGAAGAGCAUUUGUAUUGACGCUUUUGAAACAGGGUAGUUUAUUAAAAAAAAUACUGCACAAAGACUCCACAUUCUUAGAUCCGGCCCUGCUGGAAAUUUUUUAAACAUGUAUAUACUUUCUAUUCUGUUCUAAAUAUAAUGUCUAUACUGUGUUAGAUGUGAGAUGGUGUGUAAAAAAAUAAAUUAUUUGUCAUUUGUAAUUGUUGAUUUUUUAUUUUUGUAAACUAAAUACAAACUUUCUAUCUAUAAAUUUUGUCACUGUUAUGGAGUGUGCUUGUAUAAAUUAUAAAUUUUAUAGGGGCUCCUGCGUUUGGUGAACAAAAGAAAAUAUGGAGUGUGCUUGUGUGUGCGUGUUUGUAUUGGCUGAGGAUUACUGAUGCAAUCUUUGAGUUGGAUUAUUUCAGAUGAGUUUAUUGCUUAGUCGUUUUUUUGUUUGUUUGUUUGUUUAUUUGCGUUAGAAUUAGUGACUGAUGUUAAUACAUUAUAAGAAAGUUUUGACAGCAGUAGUUUUGAAAAAUAUCUUAUAAAUGAUCUUCAAUCUUCACCUUCAAUAAAGUCCAGUAGGGGGAAUCGUAACCGAAGCCGCCAUUAUCCCGUCGAUCGUUAGAAAGACUUUUAUCCAACGAACAAGCCUGAACAUGGGGCUUUUCACCCCUGUCCUGUCUGAGGGCAGUGACGGCCAUGAAUCGAGUAAGGCGACCUUACCACGUACACGGUGCACCACGCCUUGUUCCUGGGUCCCACUCGCUAUAAGUAUCCGAGUUCAGCGCUAACCAUUCAAUGAUUGUCUCAUAUAAUUGGAUGGUUGCCUGGUGGUGCGGUUUGCGCGCUGGUCUGUUGUUUGGAUUUAUCGAUUGUCCCGGGUUCAAACCCUGCCCGCUCCCAUCCCCCGUCGUCCUACGUGAGGUUUGGACUAUGAAGUAAACUAUCUUCAACUCUGAAGGAACAUCCGAAACAUGUAAAACAUUUUACAAACAUUCUUAUACUGUAACCGCCACUGUUUCUUGCAGGGACAUCCACUCCAGCUAAACGGCGCAUUGAUGUCGGCCCCCUUUGUGAAACGACGUGGCGGACUUUUUGGACUAGGGUGCUGGCUAUUUGUUUCAUUCCCACCCCGAGUGAAAUUAUAAAAAGAAAAAGAGAAUAUAAUUACGUCCAACAGGUAUCCCUUUAUUAAUCUAGUCGUAAUUAUGCACAUUUAGAGCUCUACUAUAUUUUUUAAGUCAUUUAAAAAA